GGUCUGAAUAUGACACAGCUAGGCUUCUAUAGCCUACGCAUACCAAACAAUGAAUAAUCUUCAUGGUGAAUCUCAGCGCUGUCCAAGAAUCAAGACGUGCGCUGACUAACUGCAUGUGAAAAAACUAGGAUAGGAAAUGUAUGGCAAGCAAAACAGCCCAAGCUUAGUAAUAAAAUCCACGACCGAGGAAGAUAAAUAAGGAUAGCCUAUCAAAUGAUGAGGUCAAACUUUGCGCCGAUUCAACCAGGUCGCUCGGCCAGAAAAAGUUGAAAAGAGGAAAAACAAUAAUACUACAAAAACAACAGGUCACAAUAUUGGAGCUUUUAGAUGUAUGCUGCACGUACUCGCUUUCACCACGCACAGCGGUGCUUUUGGGUGCGCAACGGCCACACACACUGCUGUAAGGACACAUAAUGUAGCUUUAGGGAAAACGAAGGCCAGAAAGACAAGUCGUUGUUAAAAUGGAUUUCACACGGCUUAUCCAGCAGUCGUGAAGCAAAGCUUAGUAAAUGCAAGAACCAAGCGAUCUUAAAAGCAUGGGUUUUGGCAAAACAGUUUCGGGAGAAGAAACUAAUUCUGCUCACAAGCAAAAUUAUACUUUUAUGAUUAAAAGUGGCUCAUGUGAAAGGAGAGCCAACCUGCGCGUUUAAACAGUUCCCAUAGGUGGCUCUGCCUUGAUGCGCAAAAGGCGCCCGGUGGUGCCUCUGCUCUCUCUCAUCUGCAGGAGCUCUGAUGCGCCUCCGUCACUGGUGACAGCAGGGGAUGACGAUGCGCCGCUAGGGGACCGCGUCUCCACACAAGGAACUGUCCACAGCAGUGGAGCGACGCGCACGGAUCCUGAGAGACAGCCAGCCCGGAGAGUGAAGAGCAUCGGUCCCUGGAAGUGCCAUGGAUAACUCAACUUUGCGGGAGAGCGCAGCAUCGCCUGUAGACUUCACCCACAUUUUAAACUCCACCGAAUGGCAAUUCAACGGCACCAGGCUCCCGGACGCCGCGUCCGAGGACUUCGCCACAGCCAUAUUACGCGUCACUAGGGAUCCCAUGUCUUUACUCAGAGCCACCGAGGCGGCUGUGGCCGCCGGUCUACUAGCGGCGCCACUUGAGCCCUCGCAGACUCCACCUGCGCCCGCUCACCUGGUGGUCGCGUUUUGGGACUCGCCACUGAGUCAUGGGAUCAACGUGUUCGUGGGGAUUAUCCUGUGCUUCACUAUGUUAGGGCUGGGGUGUACAGUGGAGGUAAACCAACUCGGGGAGCACAUCCGGAGACCCAUAGGGGUGUUGCUGGCUCUGGUCUGCCAGUUCGUCAUCAUGCCCCUGGUGGCAUUUCUGCUGGCACUGGCUUUCUCCCUCGACGACGUGGCGGCCAUCGCCGUCCUGCUGUGUGGCUGCUGCCCGGGAGGAAACCUCUCCAAUAUUUUGUCGCUGCUGGUCAACGGGGAAAUGAACCUGAGCAUCGUUAUGACCAUCUCCUCGACCAUUCUUGCGCUGGUCCUCAUGCCGUUAUGUCUGUGGAUGUACAGCCGUGCGUGGAUCAACACGCCCGUGGUGAACCUCCUGCCGUUCGGAGCGAUCAUCAUCACUCUGUGCAGCACACUCAUCCCCAUUGGUCUAGGUGUCUGGCUUAGAUACCGCAACACCCGCGCUGCUGACAUAGUCCUUAAAGUGUCUCUGUGGUCUCUGCUGGUCACCCUGGUGCUGCUCUUCAUCAUGACCGGCGCCAUGCUGGGUCCCGAGCUCCUAGCCACCAUCCCCCCCUCCGUCUACCUGGUGGCCGUGCUCAUGCCGUUGUGCGGCUACGCUGCGGGCUACGGCCUUGCACGCCUCUUCGACCUGCCGCCCAACAGCUGCCGGACCGUCUCCAUGGAGACGGGCUGCCAGAAUGUGCAGCUGUGCACAGCCAUCCUGAAGCUGGCCUUUCCGCCGCAGCUGAUGGGGGGGAUGUACAUGUUCCCGCUGCUCUACGCGCUCUUCCAGGCCGCCGAGGCCGGGAUCUUCAUCCUAGCCUACCGCAUGUACAGGACGGAGGUUCUCCACAAAGAGGACUACCUGGGCGAGAACGAGGACACAGACAUUAACUACAAGACGCUGCAGGAGGACGACGGUGGCUUCGACACGGCCUAUGGCACGGUGACGGUGAGCGACCCCAACUCCAUCAUGCUGGAAUCUCGAGGGGCGCCCCCCACCCCGGUGUAGAAACUACCAAAUAGGCUCAAGAGACUUGAUAUGAGGGCGAGAUUCGUAACCUCUUUGUCAUUGCCAUUUCCAAUGCAAUCAUGGCCAUCUUUGCUGAAACCGUACCCCUCUCCUCAGCUUGAGAGCUGGGAGCUGCACCAUGGACUUGUAGGAGCUGCUAUGCCCCUGGGCAUGUUUCAGGACAUGAACUGAAUCAUUUUUAAUUCACUGGAAACCAACCAUUCCAACCUCCUCAAUGAUUAAGGAUAACGUGUGGGACACAAGGACCAUGGGAACUGGAGACUGAUAAUAUGGCAUUUAUCUUUCCAAAACACCCAGUCUGGUAGCACCUUGAAAAAAAAAAAAAAAAGAGUAACCAACCAACAGAGAUUCAUGAAACUGCAGUUGAGGACAGCUAUGGAGAUGGGAUUUCUGUGCACUGGAAUCCAUUAAGGCGUAAUAGUACUAAAGCCUUACAGCCUGGAAAAGGGCCAGACUGACCUAUUGACUGGGUUGGUUUGUUCUUAGUUACACACAGUUACACACAGGAAAAGAUGGGAAAGUCCUUGUGCUAUUGGUUGGGGAUUUCCCACAGCGGCCAAACCUCUCAAUGACACAUACGAGUACUCAUACCCAAUCACCUAGCCUAACAACGACAACAACGACAACAACAACAA